UGUGAGCAACAGCUCCCCCUGGUGUCGGCUGAGGGAACUGACGCAGGCAACGCUACCGUACAACAGCAGUGUGAAGAUGGCGGAGGGUGAAUUGAACGUGGAUAGCCUCAUCUCUCGGCUUCUGGAAGUGCGGGGAUGUCGCCCGGGGAAGAUAGUCCAGAUGACAGAGGCAGAGGUGCGGGGACUUUGCAUCAAAUCCAGGGAGAUCUUCCUCAGUCAGCCCAUCCUGCUGGAGCUGGAGGCGCCCCUGAAGAUCUGUGGUGACAUUCAUGGGCAGUACACAGAUCUACUGAGGCUGUUUGAAUAUGGUGGGUUCCCUCCAGAGGCAAAUUACCUUUUCCUGGGUGAUUAUGUGGACAGAGGCAAACAAUCCCUGGAAACCAUCUGCCUUCUGCUUGCCUACAAGAUCAAAUACCCAGAGAACUUUUUCCUGCUCAGGGGCAACCACGAGUGUGCUUCCAUCAACCGCAUCUAUGGGUUCUACGAUGAGUGCAAGCGCAGGUUCAACAUCAAGUUGUGGAAGACUUUCACUGACUGCUUUAACUGCCUCCCCAUUGCUGCUAUUAUUGAUGAGAAAAUCUUCUGCUGCCAUGGAGGGCUAUCACCUGAUUUGCAGUCAAUGGAGCAGAUCCGGAGGAUCAUGAGGCCAACAGAUGUGCCCGACACAGGUCUGCUGUGUGACCUGUUGUGGUCAGAUCCAGAUAAGGAUGUACAAGGCUGGGGAGAGAAUGAUCGUGGGGUCUCCUUCACCUUUGGAGCAGAUGUGGUCAGCAAGUUCCUAAACCGCCACGACCUGGACCUCAUCUGCAGAGCCCACCAGGUUGUGGAGGAUGGAUACGAGUUUUUUGCCAAACGCCAACUGGUCACACUUUUCUCUGCUCCAAACUACUGCGGGGAGUUUGAUAACGCAGGCGGCAUGAUGAGUGUUGAUGAAUCCCUCAUGUGCUCCUUCCAGAUCCUAAAGCCCUCAGAGAAGAAGGCCAAGUAUCAGUACGGUGGUGUAAAUUCUGGCCGGCCUGUCACCCCACCACGCACCACCCAAGCCCCCAAGAAGAGGUGAACAUACAGCCGUGGCUCUCCCCCCUCCUUCUCACCUCAUCCAGCCCCCGUCUGCCAUCAUGGCACCCCCUGUAACUCCCCUGUAUAGUGAAGAUACAGGGCUUAUCUAAUUGCCCAAAUCUUUCUCCUCCUUCUUUCCCGCUCAACCAACCCGUCGUCAACUCCACUGACAGCUCUUUUCUUAAUGUGUAUGUGUACAUAAAUUUGCUGUGACCAAUCUGUUUCUGUUUUCUUUUCUUUUCUUUUUGCUUGUUUGUUGGUAUUUUUGAUAUUAUUAACAAAUGAUCUUUUUGGUGGCUUUACUUCUGAUGUUUUUCUUUCUUUUUUUUUCUUUUGGAGGUUUUCUGGGCUUCUGUGUUAUGUAAAGAAAUGCCUUGUCUGUGCAAAGGGGCAACAUGACCAAGUCACAAGAAAUCUUUUUCAAAACAAAAUGAAGGUUCAACAUUAUUUUUUUGCCUUGACCUCUCAAAAAAAGCCGAGAGACUCUUUUUCUGUGUAUUUCAGUUCAGACUGCGGUUUCUGUGCAAUGCUAGUUCCCUAGACACAAAUAACAUUUCUUUUAAUCCAGUUUAACAUUUUAAACUCGUUACAGUGUGCGGUGCACUUUGUGGUUGUUGUGCACAAACACAUUUUAUAUAGUUAACUAUUGAGAAAGUGCAACUCCCCAUGAGUAGCAGAGAAUGUGAACAGACCGGCUUGAAUGAAAUAUAGAGGCUAAAUCAGAUGCUGCUGGCAGUGACCCACUCUACCCAAACACAACGCCCUCUGGGCAUUGAUUUCUCCACUCUGUUAUGCCUCCCUGUGCUUCUAUUCCACUCCCACACAAAAAUAUGCCACUCUCCACAAAGAGCUGGGCAUUAAUGUUUUCCUUGGUGUAUUUGUUCUCAUUAGGAUCAUCACCCCCCCCCCCCCCCCCCACCCCACCCCACC